AUGAAGUAUUUUGUAAUUGUUUCAAUAUUGUUAUCCGUGGCUACAGCCAUACCACGAAAAUACCUUGGUAAGUUGAAUUUACUUAUACCGCAUUACUGGAUAGCUCUGUCGAUUCUUACUUCGUCCUUAAUUCUUAAAGGUCCAGAAUUGUCAUGUCAUAUUGAUCCAGUGUUACUACAAGAGGGAACCUACACUAAACUACUCGAAACAGUUCUAAACUACUCAAAAUUGUUAGAGUCAAUUAAAAUGCUUCCAGUUUAAUUGACUCUAACAAAUACUGGAAUACUUAGUUUGGUUUAGGUUUCCAUUUGUGGGGACAUUAGACAAAUAAAGCACGUCUCUUACUGGACCUCUAAGGAGAAGAGUUUAGAACUGAUAGAGCUAUCCAGUAUAAAUAAAGUUAGUUUAGGUUUCCUCCUGUAGUAACACUGGAUCAAUAAGAGAUAAUCCUUACUGGAUCUCUAGGAAGAACAGUUUAGAACUGAUAGAGCUAUCCAGUAUAAAUAAAGUUAGUUUAGUUUAGGUUUCCUCCUGUAGUAACACUGGAUCAAUAAGAGAUGAUCCUUACUGGACUUCUAGGAAGAACAGUUUAGAACUGAUAGAGCUAUCCAGUAUAAAUAAAGUUAGUUUAGUUUAGGUUUCCUCCUGUAGUAACACUGGAUCAAUAAGAGAUGAUCCUUACUGGACCUCUAGGAAGAACAGUUUAGAACUGAUAGAGCUAUCCAGUAUAAAUAAAGUUAGUUUAGUUUAGGUUUCCUCCUGUAGUAACACUGGAUCAAUAAGAGAUAAUCCUUACUGGAUCUCUAGGAAGAACAGUUUAGAACUGAUAGAGCUAUCCAGUAUAAAUAAAGUUAGUUUAGUUUAGGUUUUCUCCUGUAGUGACACUGGAUCAAUAGAGAUAAUCCUUACUGGAUCUCUAGGAAGAACAGUUUAGAACUGAUAGAGCUAUCCAGUAUAAAUAAAGUUAGUUUAGGUUUCCUCCUGUAGUAACACUGGAUCAAUAAGAGAUGAUCCUUACUGGACCUCUAGGAAGAACAGAAUAUUUAUACAUUUACCAUACAUUUACAAUAACCAUUUGUUCCUGGUUAGGUGUAGUAAAUGUAUAAAAAUUCCACUGGAAAUUUCCAUCUAGAAAUCUGUUCAACAGUUAGUCAUAGCGAGAUGCCCAAAUUUCAACACAUAUUUUAUUUCUUCAGAUGGACAUCCUGAAGAUGACUCGUGGGGUAAACUAAACCCAGCGCAAGCAGCAGAACACGAAGCUGGACAUGGGCAUGCGCAGAACGACGCACGACCAAAUCAAUUUGGUCAAGCAGGAGGGUAUGGAUCCAACCAGCACGGUGGUGGGUAUGGUCAACCAAACAAUCAGUAUGGUCAAGGUUAUCGUCAACCAUCACCGUACCAACAACAACAAGGGGCAUACCCACCUCAGAACCAGUUUGGUCAGGCAGGGUAUGGGCAAAACCAACAGUAUGGUCAAUAUAACCAACAAUAUGGCGGUCAGCCCCAAGGAUAUAACCCAUAUGGCGGCCAGCCUCAAGGCAAAGGAAAGAAGGGCAAGAAAGGAAAGAAUGAAGGAUAUGGACAACCUAUGCAACCUCCAAUGCAACCACCUAUGCAACAACCCUAUGGCCAAGGUAGGCUUAGAACGAGAUGGGAUGCUUUGGGAUGGGCACCAUGGGGUGCAGGAGGGGGGGGGAGAGGUGCGCCCCUAUUUAUUCAGUAAAAGUAUCAAACUAAAUUAAUUAUCAAUAUUGAACUAGUAUUUUGAACUAAUGCUGUGGUGCUGCCUUGAAUUCCAAAACUUAAAGUGCGACUAACCACAUGCAAAUACGAUUUUUGGUAUGCGUAAUAUUUGGGUCAUUCGAAGACGAAAUGUAAUAUAUCUUUAUAAUAAAAAAUCCCAUCUUGAUCAACUUUUUCACUGUCGAAGUUUGCGGAUAUGAUGUCAUUAGAUGAAUUGCAAAUUAGUUUUCCUUUGUUUUUUGUACCAAACAUUCACCUAAUGAAAACAUAUCCGGAAACGUUGACAAUGAAAAAGUUGAUUAAGAUGAGGUUUUUUACUAUAAAGAUAUAAUAUUACAUUUCUUCUUAGAAUGACCCAAAUACUACACAUACCAAAAAUUAUAUUUGGGGUUAGUCGCACUUUAAGUUAGUCUAAGACUGAUAACAAACCACCACUGAAUCGAGCAUGAGAAAGCCAGAUUGGAAGAGCUUGGUUUAACUGAAUCAAUUCCUACAUUCUAUCUUCAAGGUCAAUACGGACAAGCAGGUCAAGUUGGUCCACAACCCCAGCAAGCUGGACAAUGUGCCUCGCCAUGUAGCCAAGGCUGUGCCCCAGCUUGUUCAUCUCAAUGUUGUGGGGCUAACAACGCCUUCACUGCCAUGCAACCCCCUCCAAGUAUGACCCAGUCUUCCUGUCCUGGCGCCUGCCCUAACACAUGCGCACCAGUAUGUAAUCAGAAAUGCUGUUGGGAUAAGAGGACGACGAUCCCAAGGCCAGCGGCUAUACCACACCCAUAUCAACAGUACUAUUACUAAAGACAACGAUGCUGCUGUAUAUAUAUUAAAAUCAGAACAAUACUUGAUCUCUGUUAAGAAAAGAUCAAUUCCGAGCUUUUCAGAAACGUCAAUAGGUCAAGACUGGAAAUUCGCUCGAGAACGAUUUGUCUCCAAUCUUCCAGAAAGGCUGUUGAAGUACCCUCAUGAUGGCUUACGAAGUAAAAUUUUGUCAUCCUGAUUAAAAUUGUAACCAAUAUAUAUAGAGUUUCAGUCGCCAUGUGAACUACUUGCCUUGAAAUGGAUUAUUAGACUGGGUGUCCCCCCAAAAUAACUGGACAAUGUUUGAUUUCACGUAACGCAAAAGCUAAAAAAGCUAUCGCAAUGAAAUAAAGAUCAUAUUGCAUUCAGAAAGGACUAACUUAGAUUGUGAUACAUAGCGUUUGAAUUUACAUGCAAUAUUGACUGCGCUAUUGAUGUUCGAACGUUGAACUACUAGUGUUUUUGAAAAUGCCAAAAAUUAGCACAAAACAACUUUACAAUUACCGAUGUAGUUAUACUUGUUAAAUAAUAAACAUUUUUAUUUUGGUUGUAUCUCGCCCAAUACUGCAUAUAAAUUCAAGUUGUCAUAUAUCAAAAUCUAAGAUUGUCCUUUCUGAAUGCAAUGAUCUUUAUUUCAUUGCGAUAGCUUUUACGUUACAUGAAAUCAAACAUGCAGUGUCCAGUUUUUUGGGCGACACCCGGAGUAUGCUGUCAUCUCCAAUGCCCCCAAAUUGCAAGUUUCCAUGACAAGUUUUAUUCAGCUCGUAUGUAUGGCCAAUUUUUCCAAUUUUUACUAUGACUGACAAGUACACUUGUUCAAAAGCUAGUAUGCUAGCUUUUCAGUGAACAAAUGUAGACGUCAAAGAAAUUGGCACAGUACAAAUUUUGUUCGUCUGUUUGGGUCGACAAAGAAAAUGUGGCAAAGUGAUUUGAGUACCUGCCGCAGAGGCCCAUUUCCACUCGGGAAAAUCAUGUUCCGCACGCAGAAAGAAAAUUUUGUAAAAUGUGAUUGGCCUACACACAUUUUCCGACGGAAAGAGAAUUUGAAGCUGAAAAUUUUCAACUUUAAACAAUGAUAUUUUCGAAAGAUUUUCUGUCAGUGGAAAUUUCUCUCGAGUGGAAAUGGGCCUUCGGUCACUGAGCGGUCUAUUGUUGUAAUAUAGCUAAUAAUAGCUAUCGCGGUGGACAAAAAACAAAAAACUUGUCAUAUAGAAACUUUGUUGUACGUAUACACAAAUAAAACUUCCAUAUAUGAUGAAAACUUGUCAUAGAAAAUGUGCUCGCAUGUAACAAGCUUUAGUUAGUUAAUAAUUAACCACGCUACCUGUCAAAUAGUUCCAGUUUGUAGACACUCGUCAUAAUAUGUUAACAUUUUGCCCUGUAAAAGAAAAUAUAGCUUACAAUUCGAAAACCUUGUUCACUUGCUUAUAACACAAAGGUUUGUUAGGCUCAACAGACGUGUUUGAAAAGAUGGUAAUUUAUAUGUUUGUGGUUUUACUGGUCAUUUCAUCGGAAGUAAUUGGACAACAAACAAGUACGUACGUGAAUGUUAAGUGAUUCUGUGAGAUCGUAGUGAUUCUGUGAGAUCGUAGCUUUCUCCUCUGAGAUCGUAGGUUCGAUCGAUCCCUGCUAAGGACUCAUGUGAAAAGAGUCUGUCAACGCUCUGGCGAAAGUCGUGGGUUUUCUCCGGGUGCUCCGGAUUCCUCCCACAGGGAAAGUUGACAGGGUGGGUUAGGAUAAACACAGUUAAGAAAGUAAUACCACAAUUGUUGUAAAGAUAAAAUAGCCUAUAGGGUAAGUAAGUAAUUAGAUAAGCAUAUAAUACUUGAUGAGAAGCGUUCUUGAUCAUAUGUAGACAUGUAAAUUUGCGCUAUAAAAGCGUUUAUUAUAUAGAAGAUUAGUAGAGAGCGAGAUACUGAAGAUAUCGAUCACGUGACUUUUUCCAAUUCACUUUUUGAGCGUGAAAUUUCACAAUUUUUUGCUCGGGACCAUUACACGGUUGGCUUGAAGAUAUGACUUUUAUCUUCUCGUGUUAAAAACAAUAUUUUACUCACUCGCUGCGCUCGUUCGUAACUAUUGUUUUCACCACUCGAAGAUAAAAGUCAUAUCUUCGCGCUGCCGUCAUGUAUGAUUCGUAUUCUGGCGUAUGUAAUCAAAUAAGCACGCGCGUAAAAUGAUUGCAUGCAUUUCAAAUUUCGCCAUAAAUUUGAAGAGGAAUUUGGGCGUGAACAGUAAUGAGCCUUUCUCACGCCGCCAUUUUUGGGGGUACUGCCUUUUCCAUAUAGAGAUUUGUAGAACUAAAAUUGUGAGUAUAAUCAUUAUGAGUUAAUUUACAGUUAAAUAUUUGAGAAAAUGUGUUCACAUCGCUUAGAUUUUUCACGUCGUUUUCAAAAAAGUACCCCAAAAAUGGUGAAUUUGGCCUUCAUGAGAAAGACUAAGUUACAUGCGCCAGAAUACGAAUCGUGCACGACAAAUCGCGAAGGUGUGAACACACCAGGUCCUUUAAUCUCGUUGGACAUUCUUUUCACCUCAAUACCGCAAAACGUCUCUUGGCACUCUUUACACUUAAAAUUUAUCAAACUGGCAAGAUGAUCUUGUGACCGUUGUCCGAAGUUGGGCAAAGAAGUUCGACAAGACGGACCAUCAUGGUAGCAGUUGAUUUUUACUCAUACAAAACUUGUGUGCGUAGACAAAUAAAAGGAGAGCUUCGCAGGCUAGAUAGUUAUAUCCCUAUGAGUGGCGUAACACACACUAGGUAGGGUUAGUUCAAAAACUAAGGGCCGCCGACAGUUAGAGGGCCCCCAUCAGCCAUGGCCUAGCGCCGAGGAAAUUAGAAAACGUAAAAAAUGCAGGUGAAGAAUCAAUGGGAAAAUGCAAAAUUAAUCAUGUUAAAUAAUAAAGCCUCCAUCGACAACGGAUUUUGUUAUUCCAUCUCAAAUAAAACAAAAGUUAUUCUUAUUAGUUGUAUUGGAGACUGUUAUUGUUAUAGACAAGGAAUUUUCCAGAACAUUCUAUAAAUAUUCAAUAUAAAUAUAAUAUCUCAAACAAUGACAACAGUCAACAGGGGCCCCCACACCAAAUAUAUCCAUAAGGAACCCCUCUUCCCUCGUUACGCCACUGAUCCCUAUCAAUACGAAACAGUACUUAUUUUCCACCCUGCUCGGUUUCCUUUGUUCUUAGCGGGGAAUAUAUUCAACAUUCCCCUCUAAUCAAUUUCCGUUUAAUAAUCCCCUCUAAUAUUCACCUGCAAUGUCUUGGCAGCACAAAAAAUGAGAAAAAACAACAUAACGAAGGCAAUAUGGCCUUAAGAAUUAUUUCUAUUCGGACUCAUUAAAGCGACCUCGCAAUGUGAAAAAUAAGUACGUUAUUUUGAGGCACCUCGGAGAUGUGUGUUUAUUCACCUCGGCGCUGCGCGCCUCGGUGAAUAAAUCACAUAUCCCCUCGUUGCCUCAAAAUAACAUAUACUUAUCAGGAAGACUAAAAUUUAAGGACUUUUUAAGGACAUUCAAACAAGAUCGUGUAUCAGCAAAUUCAAGCACUAAAUACUGAGGAGAAGGCGUUCGAAAUCUUAGGAUUCAGUAAAAUGUGACGUCGAGUUGUUCAGAAAGGGCGCAACUUUAACGAAUUUCAAACAGCUCUGUCAGAUAUGAACAUGCAAAAUCAAUUCAACAAAAUGUCCGUUUUGAAUGUCAAACAAUUUCAGAAAAUAUCCAAAAACUAAAGCAAGGAGAAUUCAAGGACUUUCGAGUACUUCUUUAUACAAAUUCAAAGAUAUUCGAGGACCUGAAUUUUUGUUUUAAAAUUUGUACAAAAUUUGUUUCAAGUUUCGUACAAACCCUGUUAUUAUUGUUCAAGAUUACAUCUUGUGUUUGCAUUGUAACACUGAUGACGAAUGAGGUGUGGAAAAAUAUUUUACUUUCUGUGACCGCAAGAGAACAUUGAAAAUUUUCUGCAAAUAUUAAAGCAAAUGGACACUUGGCCACUGUAACUGUGUGACACUAACAAUGAAGUUAUCAAACUAAAUGUCAUGCUAUAUUUUAACAGAAAAAAAUUAUUUCAGUCCACUGAGAAUCUUUAUCAUUUAUAGACCCGGAGCGAGGGGGAAUCGGCGGAAUAUUACCGGAAGAGAUGAUAUUUCAUCACUGAGGUUAACAUUUCGACAAAUCCCCUGAGCGGAGGGUCUAUAAAUGAUAUAUUAUACCGAAAGUUAAAUAACCCACUAAGUUGAAAAUAAAGUUUAAAACUUGCUGAAUAUUAACCAAGCGAAUACAAUUUUUAAUUUCUUAUGUAUACCAGAGUUUUUGACGUUUUCUCUUUAAAAUAUUUGAGCAUGUAUCCUUUGGAUCAUUGAACGUAACUUACGUCUUGAAAAUCUUUAGUCAGGGGCCGCAGAACCGGGGGGAGGGGGAGGCAAUGGGGGCAUGUGCCCCCCAUCCCCCCACUUUUUAAAAAGUGAAAAAAGCGCCCUUUUUUCUGGGCUGAAGUGGCCCCAUUUAAAGAAUGAAAAAAGUAUUUCUUGAAUGAACGCCCUCCUUUGCUGGAAAGAAAGUGCGACGUUAUAGAGACUUCAUAUUUUCAAAAAUUUUCGUUCGGCUCGUGAACGACAUAAAAUGGUUUGAUUUUCUUUCUUGGGGAACUAUUUUCUGGGAACUCAAAAAAUUUUCUGGGACCAAUGAUCCCGUGGCCCGAUACUUUUUCCAGCCCUGCGAUGAAUCAUGUGAUGAUUCAUUUCUUAGAGUACAAAUCAAACCACUUUCCUUUCUUAUUUUUCCAGAAGGGCCAACGUGCGAAGAACGGUGUCAACUGCAGUGUACCCCAGACUGUGAUUUCACAUGUUGUAUCCCUUCGCACCCCUCGGGUAACGAGCCGUUCGCACAAGAGACUGGAACUAAUGGCAAGACUACGCAUGCACCGUCGUGGCUUACCGCUGGACAAUGUACACAACCCUGUCCCAGUUCGUGCAGUCCCACGUGUUCCCACGCGUGCUGCGAGAAAGCUAUGGGCCAAAAUAGCGGAGGACUGAGACCAUUAGACGGGCAACGAAAACCAAUGCCGUAUAAUGAUUAG